GGUCCGAUUGCAUUCAUCAUUGGGGGACUUGGAAGGGCAGCGAGUGCCUCUUGUACAUCCAAACAGACGCGCUUAAUAUUCCCACGUCCCUCGUGAGGCAGCAAACGCUUCGUGAAACUAAAAGACAUGCAAAUGUGCUCUCGGGGCAUAUUGAAUUGGGAAAGAGAAGGUUGAUCUUUAUCACUUGGAACCCGGCCACCCUGUUGGCGAAAACAACCUUUCCCACAAUAUAAGGCCUACCUUUCACUGAAUGGUUCUACCAUCCUUCAAGACCACUGUCAUGAGCAAGGCCUGGCCACCACUCUGGGCGGUGCCACCUCUGACACCUGUGACCUGUCACAGCUGUUUUCCAUUUGGACUUUAAUUAGACCAUGUAAGUUUGGAGUUUUGUCACUGCCAUUUGGCAGUUCGUUGCUUUGUGUUAGUGAGUAUGCUUUGUGUCAUGAUUUUGUGCUUCAGCCUGGUUUGACUGCUACACCCUGUUUGACCUUGCUUUGGAAUAAAACCACUCUCAACACCAUGCCUUCAUCUCGGAGUCCUGCAUUUGGGUCCUCCCCCACACCGAUGGCACAUGACAGAACGAACUGUCCAGAAGAGGACGCAGCAGGAAAAGAGACGCACGUCGCUGGGGACAACGCCUGCCCAAGGACCAAGCAUCUCCUAUUUGGAGAUCCGCGAGGCAUUCAAAGUCUUCGACCGGGAUGGGAAUGGCUUCAUCUCCAAACAGGAGCUGGGCAUGGCCAUGCGAUCCCUGGGGUACAUGCCCAACGAGGUGGAGCUCGAGGUCAUCAUACAGAGGCUCGACAUGGACGGCGACGGACAGGUGGACUUCGAGGAGUUUGUUACUCUGCUCGGUCCAAAGCUGACAGCGGCCGGCAUGCCGGACAAGUUCAAUGGAACUGACUUUGACUCGGUUUUCUGGAAGUGUGACAUGCAGAAGCUGACGGUGGAGGAGCUGAAGCGUCUGCUGUACGAUACCUUCUGUGACCACCUCUCCAUGAAGGACAUCGAGAACAUCAUCAUGACCGAGGAGAACCACAUCGAGAACCCCGAAGACUGCCAGGUGGAUAUCGACAGUUCCAGCCCAACGCAGCAAGUCAAGCAGACGUGCGUUCGCAAGAGCCUGAUCUGCGCCUUCGCCAUCGCCUUCAUCAUCAGCGUCAUGCUAAUUGCCGCCAAUCAGGUCCUGCGUAGUGGCAUGAAGUAACAGACGACUAAAGCAACAAACAAAACAGACAUUUUUUUUCAAAGGAACUGCUGUACAAAAAUCCAUGGACCACGUAUCCCUCCAACUCGUUGUCGUCGUGCAAGUCGUGACUUGUCUGUGUGGGUGUUUACAGAAAAAUGGAACUCCUGUUUAUUGCGGCGAUACAAUCGCUACACACUCGCAAUAGAUGAAAAUCUGUGGUUUAACGAAACCACGUAAAACCUUAGUUUAUUGCUAACGUCUAAUGCGAAGCCCCAAAGACAGACUGGUGGAAUUAGUGUCAAUGUCAUGUAAUUAAAAUCCUUUGAAUAACUGCUACUUUCCACACACGGCGCAGUGGGAACAACCAAUGUUAAUAUUACCCACUUCUUCUCGUUGUUAAUUACGCGCUUCGUAGUGCUGCCUUGGCACAUCUGUGGCACAAAGUGAUACGACACUUAAAGUGUGCAACUUUAAAUUUGGCCUUGUCUGUAUGCAGUCAAACCACACAGAAAAUGUGACAAAUCCAGAAUGUAGUAGGGGUUCAGUGUAUUCCGGAGCCACCGAGGAUGCAGGGAACGUUUUUGUUGGGUAAACAGGAGGAACAAACUUGGACAACCUCAUCUAUGCAUGACAUACGUAGACUUCAGCAACCGUCUUUUGGUAUAUCUGCGUUUCCAUCAUGAUCACACCGAUUGUGUAUUAUUACCAAUCUGUGAGCCAGUGUGUGCGUCGUCAUGAAGCAAUAAACAAAGAUGGCAUCCACUCAUCUCAAAAAGGACUUAUUUUUUACAUAUAAAUAAAAAGAAUCAAAAUUAACAUUUUGGCAAUACAAUAGGGUUGAAAAGCCCCAAAAUGUGGCAACAAAUGACAUAGACUUUGAAUUGGACCUGAUUCAAUUUAGUGAACAUGGGAAAACACGCAAAUUUAUGCUAACACACACUAACGUGCAAACAUAUACUGUACUAUCACGCACUAACGCGCUUCCAAGAUGACAUCCUAAACCCUAUAUUCAUGCAUGCAGCGACCGUGCUGAUGUCACUGCGGCUAUCCCGCAUGCAGUUUUCCUUUAUACCAGAGCACAACCCACAUGCGCGAUUUGAAAAAUGUUUUGCAGUUUUUCUCGACACAGCGUGGAGUUUCCUCAGCACAUUUUGGUUAUUUCCGGUAGCCGUUUUUACUUUCCUUUCCGUAAGAAGAAACACAGCAACAACAAUGGCUCAACGUAUCUGCUUGAACAAAUGGACCUAAAUGACCUGAUGAUACGUUGAAUUAUGCCCCAAAGUCGAUCGAGAAGGCGGCAGCGUAGGUUGUAUGUGGAGGAGGGAGGAACGGUGAGUACUUAUCACAGCAUGUGACUAAAAUAGACCAAUCGCGAGAGGUGAUCUCUGCGGCUUUCCCCUCACAGCAAUGUUUUUUUGACUUAUGCGCAGCAGGCUAUGCACAAUCUACGUAGAUGUACAAUGCGGGCGUAGGAGACCGUGGGAUUCUAAAGUGGCCUUAAUACUAGAGGUGGGGGACUCCAGUCAUGUAACUUGGACUUGUGUCGCUGAUUUUAUGACUUGCGACUUGCUUGGCUACAACAUAUGAAAGACUUAGACUUGGGUUUCCAGAAACUGAACUUGGCCUGGACUUGAACUACAUGACUUGACAAGUCAUACUGUCAAUAUACAUUGUCCCCUUUGUUUUGUUUUGUUUUAAUUACAGAGAAUAAGAAUGAGAAUCUCUGUUACCCAUUUUACAUCGUAUUGGCUCUACCCCCAACCAGCCCGGUUCUGCCCUGUGUGGUCAUGUCCCUCACAGCCAGGUGGUGAAAAUGUUCCUCAGAACUUUCUUCCACAUGGUUCGAAAACCCAGCCCAUGACAUCGCUGUCACCUGAUUGGCCAGCAGAUGUAGGCGUUUCUUUAAGCACUGUGACUUUUCACUUACAAACAUACUGUCUGGAGGCUGCCGCACGCCAAACUCAAUUGUCACAGAGUGUGGGCAGUGCGACAGUUUUCAUGAGCGGCCGAUCAGUCUGCCAGUGGUUUUGGUGAGAUUCAAAAUUUGAAUCUUAGUCUUAAGGCCACAAUUAGAGGCAAUCAAAACGCUUUCCCUCACAGGGAAAACAGCGACCCGUUCCACUUGAAGCCAUAUAAAUAGUAUAUAACGCAUCAAAUAUUGUCUUAAGUUGUUCAUAAAAUUUUAGAGGUAUAAAUGCAGUUUUUCACAUGCUGAUUUAAUGUUUUGUGUAAAUGUAUUUUUUUGGUGUCAUUAUCAGUGGGAAAAAAUGUAUUUUGACUCCAAUAUAUGUUGCGACUGAGCAAGAUUGUAUGCCUGGAAUUAUUACUUUUGACUGACUUGAAACAAAUAAUGACUUGAGUCAACUUGCUUAAAAUUUUGUGCCGACUCGACUUAGUUAACUUUUUCAACAGUAACGUGGAACUGUUUUGAAAAUUGAAGGUUAUAACUUGAGACGAGCUUCUGACUUGCCCAUUUGUGACUUAUCCAAUCUCUGAAUACAGUGCUAACACCAUUAACAUGUGCGAAUAGUCACAUCUCACAGCACAUGCAACCAAGCUAACCUAUGUUAACAUCCACUAACAUACUAAGAUGGAUAACUAUGGCCAAAACAAGGAUAACGGGCUGCCAUGUGUUACAAUAUAAUUACAUUUUCCAACACAUUGCAUAUAGUUGAAAUAACAUGAUAACAUAUAUGAACAUGAAAUACUGUGCCCUCAUUGACCUAUAAACUAAAUUUGCUUCAAUGGCAAUGUUUUACAUCCAUUAUUACAUGCAAAUGCGCUAAUAACAUAUGCUAACACAUGGUAACAUGUUAAUACAUACUAAACGCUAACAUGUACCAAUGCGCUAAUAUCCAAAGGAAUGUGGAUAACAUUCACAUACAGUAAUAUGCUCACAUACUGUAUGCAAACAUGCUAACAUGGUAACAUCCUUUAAGAUGAUAACGUGUGGCAACAUGUGCUAAAUUGUGAUAGCAAAAGCUAAUAUCGUAACAAAUGUGAACAUGUGCUAAUGUGAGCUAACACAUACUAAAGUGCUGCAUGCUCCAUACCAAAAGGUUUUGUGAAAGUUGUAAAUGUAGUGAAAUAAUCGCCUUAGCAGAGGAAAUAUUCAUGAGCUACAACACAUUACAAAAAAAACACAUCCAUAUUGCACUUUACAACUCGCUGCAGUGCACAACAACAAUAAAAACAAUGUCAUUGUCCCACACAUACUACGUGAUAAAU